AUGUCAAUCGGUGCACGAUCGCAAUCGGCGAAAACUUAUCUGGAAAAAUAUUAUGAAAGUUUUGCAGAAGCAUCACUCGAUGAGCUUGUUCGACAUGGGCUUAAUGCUCUACGUGAUACUCUGCAACAAGACAAAGAGCUCAACACACUUAAUUGUUCUAUUGGAAUAGUAGGCGUCGAUUUUAAAUUUAAAAUCGUGGAAGGAGAAGAAUUAAAUCAGUAUUUAAAUUUGUUGGACAAUGUAGAGGAUAGUACCCAAGAAGAACAAGGGCAAGCACCUAUGGAUACCGAAGAGUUGUAA